GCCGCUUCCGUCGACGCCGAGCGCUCACAUCGCUACCGUCGACCGCCGAGGCUACAUCGUUGCCGCUCCCGAGACGGGAUCCGACUCAGAGGACUGACUGAAGGCCGCCCGCCAUGGACCGCCGUCCGCCGCCGCCCGUCAGCCGGUGGUGCCUGUGCCUGCCGGAGCGCACUGCCGCGCUCGGCGUGGGCGCGCUCUACCUGGCCGUCAACGCGGCCGCCAUCGUCGCCGGCUUCAUCUUCUUGGGUGUGACGCAAGGCACGGGCCAGAUGGGGCCCGAGCUGGACGCCAUCCUACUGCCGGCCGUGCUGGGCGCGUGCCUUGUGUGCAUGCUGAACGUGCUGGCCUGCGCACUGCUGGUGGUGGGCGCGCGGCGCGCCCGCUGGGAGCUGGUGCUGGCUUGGCUGGCCUGGUACGGCGUCUUCCAAACACUGCUGAGCGCCGCCUGGCUGGGCGGCAUGGCGCACCUCGUCAAUGUGGUGGCGCCGGCCGUGCAUCCGCCCGACACAGUGGCGUUCAGCUGGCGCGUGCUGAAGCCGGCGCUGCCUGUCGGCAUCAUCGUGCUCGUGUUCGUCUGGUAUGCGUACGCGGCGGUGGUGGUGCACUACCGCCGCCUCCGCGCCGCCGACCACCCCCGGAAGGUGGGCUCUUACAAUGUCAUCCGCGAGGCAUGAGAGCCCGGGCGGCGCACGAGACGCGGACCAGACGGCCGUGCUAGCCAGGCACGCGCCUCCACCGGCGUGCUGGGGCGCGGCGCGACGAAUAGAGCCGGUGGCGCGCUAGAGGCUAGGGUGGACCAUCGAAUCUCGGUGCAUCGGACUCAGCGGAGCGCCGAAUGGGACCGCCGACCACUGAAGCGGCCCAUCCGCUGUGGCUGACCAGUGAUGGACUUGCCAGACCUCAGGACUCAGCAAGUUGAAUGAUCAGUCGGGGACUGCAGCCGCGACUGGGGCUCAUGUUCAAAUGUGUUCAGCUGGGAGGUAGACGUUCUCACGACCUGUUCAAUUACUCGCCUGUUCAAGCGGUCAUGCAUGAACUAUGCUGUGAUAUACUCGAGGAAUACAACAUCACGUUGGGUGCACAUCUGUUCAUGGCAUCGAGCAUGAUCCGACAA